UACUAAUUGGAAAAGAAAUGACAAAUUGUCGAUUCAUGUAGGGGGUCCUAAUAGUGCACACAAUAAAGCUUGGGGGAAAUGUGCAGAUUUGAUGAAUCAAAAUCAACAUAUUGAGACAAUUGUUUGCAAGCAGUCUGAUAAAGAAAAGGGUAAAUAUAAAAUGCGUUUGAAUACUUCAAUUGAGGUGGCUCGAUAUCUCUCAACACACGGAUUGGCAUUUCGUGGUCAUGAUGAAAGUGAAAGUUCGGCUAAUCCAGGAAAUUUUAUUGCACUUGUGAAGACUUUUGGCCGAAUUAAUUCAGACAUUGAAGCAAUUACUUUGAAGAAUGCUCCACUAAACCACAAGAUGAUAUGUUCGGAUAUUCAAAAAGAGAUUGUAAAUGCAUUUGCAAUGGAAGUUCUGAGAGCAAUUAUAAGUGAUAUUGGUGAUUCGACGUUUUGUCUUAUGGUUGAUGAAGCACGAGAUAUAUCAAUGAAGGAGCAAAUGGCCUUAGUGGUAAGGUAUGUCGACAAGUCUGGUAGUGUGAUUGAACGAUUUCUUGGAGUUGAACAUGUUACUGAUACUAGUGCUUUGACACUUAAAUCAACGAUUGAUGAUUUUUUUUCUCGAUAUGGUUUGAGUGUCUCCAAAUUACGAGGUCAAGGUUAUGCUGGAGCUAGUAAUAUGAAAGCUUUAGUAGCGGUUGCUAGGAAGCACGGUCAUAUUUCUUCACUUUUUGAUUUUACCACAAGAGUGUUGAAUGUUGUUGGUUCAUCAUGUAAACGUCGUGAUUUGCUAAGAGAGAAGCAAUCUGAAAAGAUAAUCGAGGCACUUGAUAUGGGGGAUAUUUCAAGUGGGCGAGGUUUAAAUCAAGAAACGAAUCUCAAGCGAGCAGGUGAUACACGUUGGAGCUCCCAUUACAACACUUUAUUGAGUUUGAUCAAUAUGUUUGAUGCGGUAAUUGACGUACUUGAAAUUAUUGGUCGUGAUGCUUCAAGUACAAGUCAUCGGACAGAAGCACAAGACAUUGUUGAUAGGCUUUUGUCGUUUGAUUUUAUAAUGAGCCUUUUUUUGAUGAAAAAUAUAUUGGCAUCACAAAUGAGCUAUCUCAAGUACUUCAAAGGAAAGAUCAAGAUAUUGUGA